UACUGCCAUGGGGAACCGCUAAGCCAAAAUUUGGCGGACCGCUACAAUUGGUGGCGUUUUCGUGUUCGCUAGUUAGGUCUCGCUGCAUUUGGCUGGACGAGGUUCGUAUUGCGCAUAGGCCGGCGGCGUAGCUCCAUAGCUCCUCAAUGUGGCAGAUUUCUUGGCUCCUUAGAGCCGCCAGGGCGCUGCUAGGGUCUCUUUGAGCGGCUGCUUCGAGUGAUCGUCUCGGAUCUGGUGGCUUUGGAAGGAUUUUGGCAAUGUGGACCGGUGUGGGGGUGAUCUAGAGGCAGGGGUUUGGCCGCGGCGCCGCGCCGAGUGAGAAUGCGCGGGAUGAGAAGCGCGGUGAAGUGAUUCUCCUGCCCGGCGCUGCGCAUCGCGAGUGGCAAUGGAAGGUGUGAAACGAGGUCCAAAUCCGGAGCUUUGGCAUGCCUGUGCUGGGCCGCUCGUGUCUCUGCCCUCUGUUGGGACUCGAGUGGUCUACUUCCCCCAAGGCCACAGCGAACAGGUGGCUGCCUCGACCCAGAAGGAGGCCGAUGCCGACAUUCCUAGCUAUCCCAAUCUUCCGCCCCAUCUCGUUUGUCAACUCCACAACAUCACUCUCCAUGCUGAUACCGAGACGGAUGAAGUGUAUGCCCAGAUGACUCUUCAGCCUAUGAAUGCUCAAGAGAAGGAUUCGUUCAUGGUGUCUGACUUGGGCAGACAGAACCGGCAGCCGUCGGAGUAUUUUUGUAAAACGCUGACAGCAAGUGACACAAGUACACACGGCGGGUUUUCUAUCCCUCGUAGGGCCGCCGAGAAAGUGUUCCCCCCUCUGGACUUUUCCCAGCAACCUCCGGCCCAGGAGAUUGUUGCGAGGGAUUUACACGACACGGAAUGGCGCUUCAGACACAUCUAUCGAGGCCAGCCACGGCGGCACCUUCUUACGACGGGAUGGAGCGUUUUUGUCAGCGCCAAGCGCCUGCAAACUGGCGACGCUGUUCUCUUCAUAAGGGACGAGAAGGGGCAACUUCUUCUUGGAAUAAGGCGUGCAAACCGGCAGCAAGCAUCCAUGCCACUGUCGCUGCUGUCAACUGAUAGCAUGUAUAUUGGUAUUCUUGCGGCCGCUGCGCACGCGAAUUCUACGAGCAGUCGAUUUACUAUAUUCUACAAUCCCAGAGCUAGUCCAUCAGAAUUUGUGAUCCCAUUGUCAAAGUACUACAAUGCAGUAUAUAACAACAUGCAAGUCUCUCCAGGCAUGAGGUUUCGAAUGCAAUUCGAGACUGAGGAGUCCGGAAUCCGAAGGCACACAGGUACUAUUGUUGGUUCCGGUGAUCUGGAUCCAGUGCGAUGGCCGAAUUCUCAUUGGCGCUCAUUAAAGGUUGAGUGGGACGAGCCUGCCGCUGGCGAAAAGCAGCAACGCAUAUCCCUUUGGGAGAUAGAACCGGCUUCAACACCAUACCUCGUCUGUUCUCCGUCUUUCACUUUUCGAUCCAAAAGGCCGUGGUCCCAGGCGUUGGGGCCCAAUCCAAUAGCAAGAGAAGUUGAAGCUGUGGACGCAGGAAAAUGGAUCAAGAGCGAAGGUUUGGAAAAGAACCUGUCGUGGAACAUGUACUCGGAGCAACUCAUGCAGCUCCAUCAACGGCCGGAUUCUGCCGCGUCAGGAGCGAGGUCGGACUUUUUUCGUCCCGAUGACUGCAGCCGGGUUCAAGACGCAACGCAUUCGCAAACGCCGAAAGGUUUGCCCAUGCAGCAGCAGAUUCACAUGAAAGGCCAGCAGCAGCAGCAUACGCAACUACUGUCUGCGUUACCCCAACAGCAACAAGCUCACGAGUAUAACUGCCAUCAGCAUCAGCAGCAGCAGCAACAGCAGCAGCAGGUUGUUCAACUCUCGCAACAAUCGUCCGAGUCUGCAUUGCAUCUCUCAAGUGGGCCUCAAUCCCUGAAGCAGCGUGGGGACUCCAGUGAUAUUGCCUUGAGCUCCUACGGAAGAUCUUACCAGAGCAGUAUGCUGGAGCAACAGUACGCAAGAAACAUAGGCGGUGAGCAAGAAAUCCAAAUCAAGGAUACUCACGGCUGGUACGUGGGAGAGAAGGAUUUUACUACAGAACAGCCACUGCAGUUCGGACAUUUGGACGGAUACUCUGCCACUGGGCCCGUGUUCUCUAUUAAUGACAUUGAGCAAGGUGUAACGGCCGGUUUAACUUUCAAGGAUGCUCAGCAGCAGCAGGAGCAAGAUACGUUGCCUCUAGAUUCCAGGAGUCAUCUCCUCUUUGGGGUCAGCAUAGAGCCCGAAUGCAUUACUCCUUCGAGCCAGGGGCCGAAAUCGAAGGAUGGUCAGCAACGAGUCCUCGGUUCGACUUCUUCUGAUCUCCACUUGAGCUCAGACAACGGCACCUUGGAAGAACCUGCGUACUUACAGAGAAGUUCUAGCGCGCAGCCCAUGUUGCCGAGAACAUUCACCAAGGUGUAUAAGACAGGCUCUGUCGGAAGGUCUCUGGACUUAACACGUCUGAACUGUUACGAUGGGCUGAGAAGUGAGCUGGCUCGAAUGUUUGGACUUGAGGGACAGCUUGAAGACCCGCACCGAUCAGGCUGGCAGCUCGUGUUCGUGGACAACGAGAACGAUGUUUUACUCGUUGGCGACGAUCCUUGGGAGGAAUUUGUGAGCUGCGUCCGGUGCAUCAAAAUCAUGUCUCCCUCGGAGCUGAGUCACAUGAACCAAGAGCAGCUGAAUGCCAUACAGGCUCGAACGAAUGAAGAGUUUACAGAACAGGAUGCCAAUCCCGGCGUGGAAGUUGAGGAGUUUUAGAUCAACCUCAAGCUGGUGGUUCCAUCGCCAUCGUGAUCAUCACCUUCACCAAGUAGGCAACACCGCGAGCUCGCUUCUCGCGUUGUGUCUGUCCCACACAUCAAGAAGCUAGCCGCAGCAAAAACACCGCUUCAGGCCAGCUCUACUAAUACUCUAAAAGCAAGCCGGAGGUACUGUCUUUACCGCUACUCCCUUUGUAAUUUGGUUGUGGAUUGCUUGUGCUAGCCAGAGAGGUCUUAGCUUCUGUGUACAUAUUAUAUCUAGGUGUGUGGAUGGAUGCAUAGCUAUUCAGUAACAUAUUAACUAGUAGCUAGAGGCAGGGAUUGCAAGCGAAUGGUCCUACUGCCUGGGUGUUGUUUUUCUCACUGACAAUUUUGUAUACAAGUUCUUGGUUUAUAUGAUGCAACUCGAAGAAUCCGUGGUGUGUGCUUGUUAACUGGAUGGAGUGUGUGCUGCUAAGCAGAUAAAACUAGUUGGAACGCAAGCUGGAGGGAAGAUGGCGAGGCUGGAAGAGCAGACAAUUCAAGGUGGGCUUCGGCUGUUCAUCUUGAUCGAUCUAAAACUUUGGAAAACUUGGAAGGCCAAGACGAUUGAGAUUCAAGCGUUGUACAAGCUGGAGAUGAGAUCCUCCUCGAGCUCCUUUUUGGAGGGCGGGGCGGCGUCGGUGGCGGUGUUGGCAUCGUCGUCCUUUUUGCGGCCGUAGACGUCGAUGCUCAUGUCCUGCUUGAUGUUGUCGGCGUCGGUGACGAUGUUCACCUUGUUGAGCACGCGCUUGUCCUCGAGGUUGUAGUUGAAGUCGGAGCGCACCGUCCCCAGCGGGAUGUAGCGCACGAUCUUCUCCUGCGGGUAGUCGCGCAUCCAGGAGCGCGCCGCGCACUUGGUCCGGAAGGCGAAGUCCUCGCAGAAGGCGCCGCUGCGGAGCUCCUCGGGGAGCUGCGAGUGAUCCUGCGCCAGCGCGGUGCUCAAGUGCAUGCUGGCGACGUGCUUGUAGCACGUCUUGCCGCCGUUCUCCAUGCACUCGAGCGCGCCCGCGCCGAUGGGCUCGAGCACGAAGUGGUCCUGGAGCUUGCCGUUCGAGUCCUCGAUGAAGCAGUGGCCCAGGCCCAGCACCACGAAGUCGUCCGGGUUGUUCGUGGGAUUCUCGCCGAUGGCCGCGCGGAUAGCGUGGUUGUGGUGGUGAUGCGGGAGGACGACUCGCCAGCGUAAUUGGGUUCCAAGGAUUUUGGAUCGCGCGAGAAUGCUGGUCGUCGGAGCGAGAAUGGCGGUGGGUCUCUGCGUGAAGUGCCAGUGCGUACCUGAUGGGUUUCGGAGUCCUCUCGUGGCCGCGGAGAUGGAAGCCAUGGCGAUUUUGCCGCGGGGAGAGGAGACGUUGCUUGCCCUGAUUGUGCUUUUCUUUUCUUAUCCAUUUGCAAGGAGAGAUUUUUUUCUUAUCGCUUUGGAAUGUGCUGCCAUGCUGUUGAUUCGUGGUUUUUCUACGUUGAUCGUAUGUUAGUAUGUUGAUUGUGGGUAGAUAUUUUUUUGCUACUUCGAUUUGGCAUCGCCUCCUUCCGCAGCAGUACUAGUUCUCAUGCGUAAUUUGUUCCUGUUUCCCAUCGGAUGAGGGGAUUGAUCAGUCCCACGUUCGCCACACCCGGCACCGAUUCAACGCCUCUGUUGCUGCACCAUCGGAUUCUUCCUCCCUGCCGCCUGUGGGUGCCACUACCGGGUAGAUUUUUUCGUGGACGAGAAGGGAGCAUGAGGAUUGCGGCUGGUGAUGGCGGCGGGAGCAACAGCAGCAACAAUGGCGAGGAUGAAUCGCAUGAGGGGUCUUUUGGAAAUUUGGGAGGGAAGCUGAAUGAUCUGAGCACCAAGGCGCAAAUUGUGGUGGCAGCAUUCAUCUGGAUGUUCCUCUUCUUUGGUGCAAGCGUGUUCAAGAGCAGAGACAACAAAUAACUAACAAAACCUAGUAUUGUUAACUCUUAAAAUCAUAAGCUAAACUGGUUAAUCCGUUUUAAUUCU